GGUGACAGAGCAGGUUCUGCAGAUAAUGGGCCACCUUUUCUUCCUUAUGCCACCAUCCAAACUCAAGAACCAAGUGAACCGGUUAACACGAUGGUUAAUGAUUUUGAUGUCCACGAAAGUGACACCUUUCUACAUUUCCCAGUGUAUCUACCAACUCCUGGAUGCUCUGGCGCUCAGCGGCUGCGGAGGUAUAAACUUGGAAUCCCAGCUGGAAAACGUUACUGGCAUGCUGUUCCAGCUUUGUGAACGAGUGAACCCAGCAGACCCUCACUCUGUGGAGAACCGUAGCCUCGUCCUGAGGGCUUUCUUCAUCCUGGCCAAGUUAUACCAGGAUCAGAUGGUAUCCCUAUUACUAACCGCCAUGGAAUCCAGUGAUCCAGCCAAGAUGGAAUCAGCCCUUCAAGCGUUCACAGAUGUGUUCCAGGAAUUGCCUCAGACCAAGAAGCUGCAGCGCAUGGUACUGAAUUCAACCAUUCUGGUGAUUCAGGAGGACCUCAAACCAGUGCCGAAGGUCCUCCUGCACUUCAUUGAGAUGCUGGGCCAGCAUAACUACUUGGCCUUGCCCCAGGGGAACGCUCUAAUCAGCUAUAUCAUCAAGCUUGUGGAGUCUGACUCAUCAAAUGAAGAGGACAUCCGAAUAAUGUGUUCCAGAAUCCUACAGAUGGUAUCUUUGCCCAAACUGGUCACGUUGGUGUGUGAGCCCAACAACGCCUUGGCCUUCGUGCCUCUGUGUAAGGCAGCCACACAAAUGGCUCUGAAGGCCCGUUCCCUGGGCCAGGUCCCUUUCCUCAGCAGCUUUCACCUGGACCCUACCGAAUACAUUUCCCCUCAGAGACUCCUGACCCAUCUUGUGAUGUGUUCCCGGAAGCCCUACAGGGAAAAGGAGUUUGGUACAAGCUCUCUGAGGCUACUAUCUGCCCUGCAUCCUAUCACUUCUCUGCAUCCUGUUAUAAACCACAGUGUUGGCCAGCUGUGGAGGAAGGUGAUCCCACCGAUGUUGGAGAUACUAGAUGAUCAUACUGAGAAGAGCCUGAAUCAGGAGGAGUGGGAGGACAGGCUGUUCCGGUUUUUGAGUAAGUCAUUAGUGGCUAUUGAUGAUGACAGCUGGCAGGAGCAACUCAUCAGAGUCAUCUUGGAGAGGAUGCAUUAUUUCAGUGAUGAUGGUGAUGAGAAGGCUUUUCUCUAUAAAUUCUUUGGCUUCGCCCUGUGGACUUCAAGAAGUGAGAAACUGGUGAAGAUGAUGCUCUCCGCCAUCCUUCAAACUUCCCAUGAAAACGUGCAGGAGAGGGAG